CGGGCACCUGCGACAGGUGGAGAGCUUGGCGCCGGGCGGUCGCUCGGCCAUGUCUGCGGAGAGCGCGGGACCGGGACCGGGACCCGAGCCGGGACCGGCAGCUGAGCCGGGACCUCUCUGCCCGGAGCACGGCCAGGCUCUGAAGUGGUUCUGCUUUUCCGAGGGACGACCGGUGUGCGCCGUCUGUACGGAGCUGGGCGGCCGCUGCCAGGGACACCGCAUCCGCCGGGCGGAGGAGAGCGCAGAAGAGCUGCGGAACAAGAUCGUGGACCAGUGUGAGAGGCUGCAGCUACAAAGUGCUGGCAUCACCAAGUAUGUGGCUGAGGUCCUGCCGGGGAAGAGCCAGAGAGCAGUGAGCAUGGCCAGCGCAGCGCGAGAACUGGUCAUCCAGCGCCUGGGGCUGGUCAGGAGCCUGUGUGAGACUGAGGAGCAGCGGCUGCUGGAACAGGUUCACGGUGAAGAGGAGCGGGCCCACCAGAGCAUCCUGACGCAGCGAGUGCACUGGGCCGAGGCUCUGCAGAAGCUCGACAUCAUCCGCACCAGCCUGGUGGACAUGCUCACCCAGAUGGAUGACCUCCAGCUGAUUCAGAAGGAGCAGGAGAUUUUUGAGAGAACCGAGGAAGCAGAGGGCGUUUUGGAUCCCCAGGAGUCGAAAAAGUUAAGCUUCGAUGAGACAUGUGCGUGGAGCCCUCUUCUGACCCAGCUCUGGGCGACAGCGGCUCUCGGCUCCCUCUCAGGCACAGAGGAUGUGCGCAUCGACGAGAGAACUGUUAGCCCCUUCCUGCAGUUGUCGGAUGGUGGAAGGACCCUAACCUUCAACGCCAAGAAGUCCAAGGCCUGUGCCGAUGGCCCAGAGCGCUUUGACCACUGGCCCAAUGCCCUGGCCGUCACCUCCUUCCAGGCUGGGCUGCACGCCUGGGUGGUGAACGUGCAGAACAGUUGCGCCUAUAAGGUAGGCGUGGCCUUAGGCCAGCUGCCCCGCAAGGGUUCUGGCAGUGACUCUCGUCUGGGCCACAACGCCUUCUCCUGGGUCUUCUCCCGCUACGACCAAGAGUUCUGUUUCUCGCAUGAUGGGCAGCACGAGCCCCUGGGGCUUCUACGGUGCCCGGCACAGCUGGGCAUGCUACUGGACUUGCAGGCCCAGGAGCUGCUGUUCUACGACCCAGCCUCGGGCACGGUGCUCCACACCCACCGCGCGUCCUUCCCUGGGCCCCUCUUCCCGGUCUUUGCUGUGGCUGACCAGACCAUUUCCAUUGUCCACUGACCUUGGGCACUGGGGAGGCCAGGUGUGCCUCCCCACUCACCCUCGCAGGCCACGUUUCGACCCAGUAUCCUUUCUCCAGACGUUACCUGUUGGCCACUGGGCAGCUUUUGGAGGGGUCGGCAUCCAUUUCAGAUCUGGGUGCAACCAUGAAAUGCUGCUAUCUGUGGGGAACCUGUGGCUCCCUGGGCUCAGCCCCCUAAAGGGACCCUCUGAGGCUGUCUUGUGCACCGCUGCAUCUCUGCCCCCCAGCACGGUGCCUGCUGAGUGUGCAGCACGCAUUUGGCCGGGGAGUGGGUGAGCGGAUGGGUGCACGUAGAAGUGGUUCUCUGGCAGAAUAGCCUGUGCCCGAAGUCCUUUCCUCCCCUCAGCUCAGUGCUUCCCCGUCCCUUUCACGACCUGGCGCCUACAGAAAAUAUUUUUCUAGCACACAAGGACAGCCUGGAAGGGACCUGGAGCUCCUGUCAGGCUGCUCCGGUCAGAAGACUCUAGCCUGGGGGGCUGUGUCCUCCCCCGAGUCCUACCUGGCCCCUCAGAAGACCGAGAAAGUCCUGUCUGCAGGUAACCUGCCUGAACACACCCAUCAGCAGCUCUUCCUUGGAGCUGGUGGUUGAGCUCCAGCCUGUGUCCUCUGCGCCAACAGGGACCAGCUUCCCCCCCAGCGGCAGCUGAUGAGUGUGGCACCUGAUGGCCCCUUCUGACAUCAUGUGGAGACCUGGGGUGGGAACCUCGGCCAGAAAGAGCUGAGGGAGUUAGAGGGCCGGCCUUAGAGCACGUGUAUGUUAUUAAAGGUUUCAAAAGAUUGGAAAAUUA